CAUGCCAUCCAUAUGCGUUCGUCCAUACGGAUCCAUACCCCAAUCUAGUAAUUAAUUCCUAGCUCACUCGCUACUCGAUCACAGCUGCACUCUACAGGUAUAUAUAUAGCUCGAGGUGUAGCUUUGGGUACAUAUGUGCAUAUGUCCAGUACAAGCUCACACUUUAGAGAGGCGCGCCAACAGCUACCUCAAGAAUCAAGAUCUCUCGUCUCCGAGUCCGAUCCGCCAUGCCAGUCUCGCACCGCGACUUGCAGCUUGACGCCCAGCCCUCCGCCGCCCUACUAGACGGGGAUGUCCCGAGACGGGUGUGGGUGCCGGGGCCGGUGAUCGUCGGCGCGGGGCCGUCCGGGCUGGCGACGGCGGCCUGCCUCAAGGCUCGCGGGGUGCCGUCGCUGGUGCUGGAGCGGGACGCGUGCGUCGCGGCGUCAUGGCGGCACCGCACCUACGAGCGGAUGCGGCUUCACCUGCCGCGGGAAUUCUGCGAGCUCCCCCAUGCGCCUUUCCCGCCGGGCACGCCUCCGUAUCCAACAAGGGACCAGUUCAUCGCCUACCUAGACGGCUACGCGCGAGCCUUCGCCGUGGAACCCCUCCUCGGCGCGCGCGUCCGGGCUGCCGCCUACGACGCCGGCAUCGGCUUCUGGAGGGUCACCGUCGAAGUCUCCUGCGCCGCCGCCGGCAAAGACUCUAUGACAACGACGGCGACGGAGUUCAUGUCGCGCUGGCUCGUAGUGGCCACCGGCGAGAACGCGGAGCCUGUGUGGCCUGACGGUGUGGAGGGAAUGGACGUCUACCGCGGCACGGUGAUGCACACGAGCACCUACAAGAGAGGGGACGAGUUCACGGGAAAGAAGGUGCUCGUUGUUGGCUGCGGCAACUCUGGCAUGGAGGUCAGCCUCGACCUCUGCGACAAUGGCGCAAAGGCAUCCAUGGUUGUCAGGGACAAGCUUCAUGUGUUGCCUAGGGAUAUACUAGGCAUCUCAACAUUUGGCCUCUCAGUAUUCCUUCUCAAGUGGUUGCCCAUGAAAUGGGUUGAUGCCUUGUUCCUCUUCUUCUCGAGGUUGAUACUUGGAGACACUGAAAAAUACGGGCUCCAACGACCUAAGAUUGGCCCGCUCCAAAUCAAGAAAUCAACCGGGAAAACACCAGUGCUUGACAUUGGAGCUUUGAGAAAGAUCGGGGAUGGCGACAUAAAGGUGGUCCCCGCAAUAAACCGGUUCACCGAGAGCGGUGUUGAAUUUGCCGACGGACGUAAGGAGGACUUCGAUGCUGUCAUCCUCGCCACCGGGUACAAAAGCAACGUGCCAUCAUGGCUCAAGGAGGACGAAUUUUUCAGCCAGAGUGAUGGGUUCCCGAGGAUGGCAUUCCCGCACAGCUGGAGAGGCAAGAACGGCCUCUAUGCCACGGGCUUCACAAGGAGGGGUCUCAUGGGUUCCUCCUAUGACGCCUCCAGAAUCGCCGCUGACAUCGCCAACCAGUGGACUGAGGCCCUCGCCAGGAAUAUCACUGCUCACAAUAAUGCUUGAAGCCUAGCCAAGGCCGAUGCUCUUACGCUAGUUUCAUUUUCGAGAAAUGUGUGCGCGUUACCCGGAACGUGUGUAUAUAUGUACCUCCAGCCGUCUAAUGGGUUGAUAUAGAGUUACUACGUUAUAGUACAAAUAUAUGUAUGGAAUAAUCAGUGAGAUGCAAGGUGGCAGGUGCAGUCAUGCGGUAGGAGUAUUGUGCAUUUGUGCUUUUCAUGUGGAUUGCAUUUGUGAUC